AAGUGUUUAGCGUUCUAGUGCUACAGAGUACCACACAGGCAAAGACUGAGCCACUGCCACGCAGCAGCCCCUGGACGGAUAUGCAUGCCUAUUUAUAGCUAAUCCUGUUUCGGUGAGGUCGUGCUCUCUACUGUCCCUGAGACGGAGCAAUCGGAGUUAAGCGCCGCUGGCGUGCUGUCGUCGUGCAAGAGAGGGCUGGCAAAGGAUGAAGCUAGGCAGCAGACCGGGCUCCAUUCGUGUGUGUGGCCGUUGAUGGGCAGAUAGACAGGGCUCUUCUGGAUGUUUCUGACAUGGCGGAUUCCCUUCACCUCGGCACACGAGCUCUGCCCCACCGGCGGGCCCCCUCUGUGGCUCACCUAUGUAGCCUUGUGAGGACUUAAGCCAACAUCAACAGCCAAGAUGAGAGAGUGGGCUUACAGGAAUCAAAUUCAAAUGGCUUUCUACAUGUCCAAGUCAUGCUCUAAGGAGUCAAGCGACGUACACCCCUGAGAAAUAACAGCAGUUUAUGGGAAAUACCGUAUUUUGCCUCUGAGGAUUUUACUUGCCUUUUUGGGAAAGCCUCUCUCCACCACCCUUGAGUGGUGCGUUGUAGAGGAGACAUGGCCAGCAACUCGUUCCGUGGGUCAAAGCGUGGUCGACAUGCACAGGCCAAUCAUGAUGUUGGAGACUUCAACUGCUCUCUCAAGGAGCUGCGGUCUCUCAUGGAACUCAGGGGACCUGAGGGAAUAGCUAGAAUCCAGGAAUGUUACGGAGAUGUCGAAGGACUAUGUACCAGACUAAGAACAUCACCUAUUCAUGGUUUAGGAGGCCAUGCCGACGACAUUGCCAGGAGGAAAGAGGAGUUUGGACAAAACGUUAUACCUCCAAAAAAGCCAAAAACAUUUCUUCAGUUAGUGUGGGAAGCGUUGCAAGAUGUGACGCUAAUCAUCCUCGAAGUGGCAGCCAUCAUUUCAUUAGGCCUUUCUUUUUAUAGACCUCCAGAUGCCGAAAGGGAAAAUUGUGGAAAGGCAGCGGGAGGGGUGGAGGAUGAGGGGGAGGCAGACGCGGGCUGGAUUGAGGGUGCAGCCAUCCUCCUGUCCGUCGUCUGCGUGGUCCUGGUGACAGCGUUCAAUGACUGGAGCAAAGAGAAGCAGUUCCGCGGGCUACAGAGCCGCAUCGAACAGGAGCAGAAGUUCACGGUGGUCCGCGGAGGCCAAGUCGUCCAGGUCCACGUGGCUGAGAUCGUAGUCGGCGACGUUGCACAAGUGAAAUACGGUGACCUUCUUCCUGCUGAUGGUGUCCUGAUCCAGGGAAAUGAUUUGAAAAUCGAUGAAAGCUCUCUCACCGGUGAAUCCGACCAUGUCAAGAAGACUUUGGACAACGAUCCAAUGCUGCUGUCAGGUACCCACGUCAUGGAGGGUUCUGGGAAGAUAUUGAUCACAGCAGUAGGUGUCAACUCCCAGACCGGCAUCAUUUUCACCCUGCUCGGAGCCGGCGAAGACGAAGACGACGACGAGGAGGAGAAAGCAGAGAAGGAAAGGAAAAAGAGGGAAAGGGAGGAGAAGAAGAAGGAGAAAGAGAGGAGAAAGAAAGAGAAGAAAGAAAAGAAGGACAAGAAGGACAAACUGGACAAGAAAAAUAAAAGAGAUGAGAAAAACAAGAAAGGUAAGUCUCAGGAUGGUGCAGGCGUGGAGAUGCAGGCACUCAACAGUGACGACGAAGGAGAGGAGAAGAAGAAAGCCCACCCGAAGAAGGAGAAGUCUGUGCUCCAGGGGAAAUUGACCAAAUUAGCGGUGCAGAUCGGCAAAGCAGGCCUGUUCAUGUCAGGGUUGACAGUCAUCAUCCUGAUAACUCUGUUCAUGGUGGACACCUUCUGGAUCCAGGGCCUACCGUGGAUCGCGGACUGCACGCCCAUCUACAUUCAGUUCUGCGUCAAGUUCUUCAUCAUUGGUGUUACCGUGCUUGUGGUGGCCGUACCCGAAGGUCUCCCCCUGGCCGUCACCAUCUCCCUUGCGUAUUCUGUCAAAAAAAUGAUGAAAGACAACAACCUUGUGAGGCACCUGGAUGCCUGUGAAACCAUGGGCAACGCCACAGCCAUCUGCUCUGACAAAACGGGGACGUUAACCAUGAACAGGAUGACCGUGGUCCAGGCUUAUCUGGGAGACAGGCACUACAGGGUGGUUCCUGAGUCUGACCUCAUCCCAGGCAAAGUUUUGGACCUGCUCAUUAUGGGCAUCGGAGUCAACUGUGCUUACACAUCCAAGAUCAUGUCUCCUGAGAAGGAGGGCGGGCUGCCACGCCAGGUGGGCAACAAGACCGAAUGUGCCUUGCUGGGCUUUGUCUUGGAACUGAGACGUGACUAUAUGACCAUCCGCAACGAGAUCCCAGAGGAGAAGCUCUUCAAGGUCUACACCUUCAACUCAGUCAGGAAGUCCAUGAGCACAGUGCUGAAGAACGCAGACGGGAGCUACCGCAUGUUCAGCAAAGGAGCCUCCGAGAUCCUCCUAAAGAAGUGUUGUAAGAUCAUGACAGCAAGCGGGGAGGCUAAGGUCUUCAAGCCCAGGGACAGAGACUAUGUGGUGAAGAAUGUGAUCGAGCCCAUGGCCUCCGAGGGCCUGAGGACCAUAUGCCUGGCCUACAGGGACUUCCCCCCGGUCGACGGCGAGCCUGACUGGGAAAACGAAACUGACAUCCUCACCGGCCUCACCUGUUUGUGUGUGGUGGGCAUCGAGGACCCUGUGCGGCCAGAGGUUCCUGACGCCAUUAAGAGGUGUCAGCGCGCUGGCAUCACCGUGCGCAUGGUCACAGGGGACAACAUCGACACGGCUCGCGCCAUUGCCAGUAAGUGUGGCAUAGUGCACCCCGGAGAUGACUUCCUCUGUAUAGACGGCAAAGAGUUCAACCGACGAAUAAGAAACCAACUGGGAGAGAUUGAGCAAGAACGCAUUGAUAAGAUUUGGCCUAAACUCCGUGUGCUUGCAAGAUCCUCACCCACUGACAAACAUACUUUAGUAAAAGGUAUAAUGGAUAGCACUGUACUAGAACCAAGACAAGUUGUUGCUGUAACAGGAGAUGGCACUAAUGACGGCCCUGCCUUGAAGAAAGCGGAUGUUGGAUUUGCCAUGGGCAUUGCGGGCACGGACGUAGCCAAAGAGGCCUCAGACAUCAUCCUGACAGACGACAACUUCAGCAGCAUCGUCAAGGCGGUGAUGUGGGGGCGGAACGUCUACGACAGCAUCUCCAAGUUCCUCCAGUUCCAGUUGACAGUCAACGUGGUGGCCGUCAUCGUGGCCUUCACAGGAGCAUGCAUCACACAGGACUCUCCUCUCAAAGCUGUCCAGAUGCUGUGGGUGAACCUGAUCAUGGACACAUUUGCCUCCCUGGCCCUGGCCACUGAGCCCCCCACCGAGUCUCUGCUGCUGAGGAAACCAUAUGGCCGGAACAAGCCCCUCAUCUCCCGCACCAUGAUGAAGAACAUCCUGGGCCAUGCUGUCUACCAGCUCACUGUCAUCUUCACCCUGCUCUUCACCGGAGAGCAGAUUUUCGACAUUGACAGUGGGAGGUAUGCGCCUCUCCAUGCCCCUCCCUCGGAACAUUACACCAUUGUUUUCAACACCUUCGUCAUGAUGCAGCUCUUCAAUGAAAUCAACGCUCGCAAGAUCCACGGCGAGCGUAACGUCUUUGACGGCAUCUUCAAAAACAUGAUCUUCUGCUCCAUUGUGUUCGGAACGUUCGUCAUCCAGAUUGUGAUCGUUCAGUUUGGAGGGAAACCUUUCAGCUGUGUGGGCCUCAGUAUCGACCAGUGGCUCUGGUGUGUGUUCUUGGGCUUUGGCUGUCUUCUAUGGGGCCAGGUGGUCACCACUGUCCCCACCAGUCGGCUGAAGUUCCUGAAGUCUGCAGGUCAUGGCACGCAGCAGGAGGAGAUCCCUGAGGAUGAGCUGGAGGAGAUGGAGGACCUGGACGAGAUCGACCAUGGUGAGAUGGAGAUGAGAAGGGGGCAGGUGCUCUGGUGCAGAGGCCUAGGCAGGAUCCAGACUCAGAUCCGCGUAGUGAAUGCCUUCCAAGACACGUUGUCCCCCUACGAAGGCCUGGAGACCCCUGAGUCCCGCAACUCGAUCCACAACUUCAUGACCACCCCGGAGUUCCGGAUAGAAGACUCGGAGCCGCAGAUCCCCCUCAUCGACGACACAGAGGGGGAGGACGAUGCUCCCACCAAGCGCAACGCUGCACAGACCCUGCCCCCACCCUCGACGCUGGCAACCCUUUCGUCCACGCCCAACCAGAACAAUAAUGCUGUGGACAGGAUCAUCCCCUUAUACAAAGAGAGUCCAAAGACUGGCGGGAUCCCCCAGAGUGCUGCGCUGCCGCCGCGCCCUGGGAGCCCGCUGCACAGCCUGGAGACAUCCCUCUGAGCUGGGCUCGAAUACCAGUAAUUACCCACUCACCUCAGCCCACAGACGGGAGAUACCAAGACGUGGGGAGAGAGGGCUUCUGGAAGCCUCAUGGGUUUCUGUUUUUACUUAUAUGUUUGGUUCCUAAAGCAUUUUUGGGUCUUGUAUCGAGGAGAGAUGCACAUUUUGCGUGGAAGAAUUAUAGACCUUUUUUUUAAUUAAAUGAACAGGGAGACUGGUAUGCAUUGCUGUACAUCAGCAGUACUUCUAAAGAAUUCAUGCAUUGGCUAUUUAUAUUUUUACGAUUUCAUUCAUGUUGUGAAAGCAACCCUGUUUACACGUUUGUGAAACUUUGACUGUCCGUGAAAAACCAACGUUAUAAUAUGUAAAAUGUGGGGCUGCAAAAUGAAAAAAUAAAUAAUGUAUUUUAGAUAUUGCUGUCUUUUAGGAGAAAAGUAAGGUUUCUGUUGAAACUGAACUAACAUGCCUGCAGGUACUAUUUGGUGUGUUUUUGUCUAGGUACAUAGAAAUAUCUAGCGAAGUAAUAGGAAAUUGGUUUUAAAUGUUUAUAAGAAGACAGGAAAAUAACUGGGAAAAUGUCCUCAAAUAUCCAUGUUCACACUUCCACACUGUAAAUAUUAAAAGACAUGCUCCGGUACUUUGGCGACUAAGAAAUAGUUUUUUAAACCUCCAGCUUUGGGCUGGAUGUGUCAAUAUGUAGUACAUACCUGCAUAAUCUAUGAGCAUAAUUACUAUCUUAUCUCAAUUAGCCAAGAAAUCCUUAUUUUGAAAGUGGUUGUUUUCUUCAAGCUUUGCACCGCAAUUUUCCCAACAUCCCCC